UGCUUUAAUGAGGUCAAAGUCCGAUGGGUCAGGCAAAGUUCAUCCACCACACUGACCACAACCUUUUGGCUACAUGCAUGUUGUCUACCUUGACCACACUACAGCCUUACCUUAAGUACUCAGAGGGAUAGUGGUACCAUUUUUCAAGGCCAUCGUACCUGUACCAAGGGACCACAUCUGGCAAGAUUUAAUAGAUGUAAAAGAAGGAAAAUAACAACAACAUACCAGUACCUGUGACAAGAAAACAAGUCGCUGUGUUCCACCAUGGCCGGGAAAUCCUACUGUAUCUCCUUCCAAAACAUCCAGGCUGCCCUGUCCACAGUCAGACCUUUCAUCCACAGAACACCCGUCAUGACCUGCAGUCAUCUCAACCAACUUUCCAACAGGAACCUCUACUUUAAGUGUGAGAAUCUUCAGAAAACUGGAUCCUUUAAGUUUAGAGGUGCCUGCAAUGCUGUCUCCAAGGUCAUUGCGUCCAAUCAGAACAGCACAGACAAAGAGCUGUCGGUUGUGACUCACAGCAGCGGGAACCACGCCCAGGCUGUCAGCCUAGCUGCCCAGCUGCAGGGGGUGACAGCACACAUCGUCAUGCCCAGCAACUCUCCAGCUGUGAAGAAAGAAGCUGUCAGGAGUUACGGAGGACAGAUUGUAGAGUGUGAACCAACAGAACAGUCUAGAGUGGACACAGCUGACCAGGUGGCUGAGAGGACAGGUGCGACCAUGGUCCAUCCUAACCAGAGUCCAGACGUCAUGGCCGGACAGGGAACGAUGGUGUUUGAAAUACUAGAACAGGUGGAGAGAGUGGAUGCCAUCGUGGUGCCUGUGGGGGGUGGGGGGAUGUUGUCUGGGGUAGCUGUGGCAGCAAAGGAACUUUGUCCACAUGCUAAGAUCUAUGCUGCUGAACCUAAGAAUGCUGAUGACUGUGCCGUGUCCAUGUUGCGGGGAGAGCUCACGCCGCUACCCGCCCCUCCUGUCACCGUGUGUGACGCACUCAAGACCAGCAUCGGUCCGCACACCUGGCCAAUCAUCAGGGACCAUGUGGACGACGUCAUCACUGUCACUGAGGAAGAAGUCAAGGCUGCCAUGAGGCUGGUGUGGGAGAGAAUGAAGCUUGUGAUUGAGCCGUCCUCAGCAGUGGGCGUGGCUGCAGUGAUGACUGACAGGUUCAGAAGUCUCCCAGCUGACGAGCAUCAGAAUGUCGUCGUCAUCUUAUGUGGAGGAAACGUGGACCUAGAACACUUACCCUGGAUGUGACGAAGGGCAUUAUGUUUGCUGUGAAAUGAAUAUAUGUAUAUUCAGGGCUCAAUACACCACCUGCAUAUGCAGGUUAGUGCAGGUGAAAAUUGAGCUGUACAGGUAUUUCUGCACCUAACCUGCACUGGUCCAUGUACUGGGUUUAAAUACUAGUACAAUGUACAUGUAGGUGUAUGUAGAUCGUUAUUAAUUGACUUUUAACGCCAAUGAAUUAUUAAACUUAAUAAUGGUAAUGGUUUCUGAACAGUUUUAGUAUGGUCCAUACUUGCUAAAUUCUGAGUGGUGCAGGUAAAAUUUGUCUGUUGCAGGUUAUUUUCAACACUACCUGUAGUAGUAUCAACAUGCAGAAAAAGUAUUUCGAUCACUGAUAUCAUAUUCUAAGACUCACAGAUCCAAUGUGCCAGUAGGGUGUAUCCGAAUGAGGGCCUGCAUGGGGGGUAGUGAUUAUGAAUUAUGUAAAAUUUUCGCCACCGUUUACGAAUUACGUUAAAGUCUCAGAGCUGAUUAUGACUUUUACGCUUUGCGGCUAAUAUACUAUUAUGAAUUGGUUUUUGGGACGCUGCCUACGGAUUACGAAGACUAAAAAGGCCUGAUUACUCCUUACGAAAAAGGGCAUGCAGGCCCCCUCGAUGGCCCUUGUCUUAACUCUUAAGUCAGCAUCAGUGGACAGCUUUCAGCACCAAGGACAGGGCUAUAACAAUGAUAAAGCAGCCUCUCUCAUUGUACAAUGCUGAACUUUAUUCCAACACAAGCUUGUACACAAGAAUCUAAUUUUCUAUGACCACUGUCAUUCUUCAAGAGUCUUUAUUGAUCUUGUAAACAGUCAUUUCAGUAAAGUUAGACUGAUUUUCUAGGGAGCCCAAAUAGACCUAGUACAAACACAGUAAUAGAUAAAUAAUACAUUAGGAAAAUGAAAUUACA